AUGAAGUUCACGUCUGCGAACUCGAUGCUUUUGGCAUCGUUCCUAAUCUCUGGCGUAGUAUCAACGCCACACCCGCAGCAACCUGCCUCGACUCCCGGUGGUCCUGGUCAAGGGCAACCUACCACCACCCAACCCGCUCCUGGCCAGCCCACAAGCCCAGGCAAUCCUGAGCAGCCGGUACCUCGUGAUGUCUGCGAUGGCAACACUGCAUCCACGCGCUCAGAGUGGUGCGAUUACUCCAUUGAUACCGACUAUACAUCCACCUCUCCGGAUACCGGAGUGACGAGGGAGUAUUGGUUUGAACUCACUGAUGUCACCGUCUCCCCUGAUGGCGUCUCACGCACUGCCAUGGCCGUCAAUGGCUCCAUUCCCGGCCCCACCAUCAUUGCCGACUGGGGUGACACUGUCGUGGUCCAUGUUACCAACUCUCUGACUACAUCCUUGAACGGCACGAGCCUGCACUUCCACGGUAUCCGCCAAAACUACACCAACCAGAACGACGGUGUGAGCUCCAUCACCCAGUGCCCCACUGCAGUUGGAUCAAGUGUAACCUAUACCUGGAAGGCUGAGCAAUAUGGUUCUUCAUGGUAUCACUCCCACUUCUCGCUUCAGGCCUGGCAGGGAGUCUUUGGCGGUAUCAUUAUCAACGGACCGGCCACCGCCGAUUACGAUGAGGACCUUGGAAACCUCUUCCUGAACGACUGGGACCAUCAGACUGUCGAUGAGCUCUACGACUACGCCCAGACAGUUGGACCUCCUACUCUUGACAAUGGUCUUAUCAACGGCACCAACGUUUACGAUGAUGGUGGCUCUCGCUUCACUACUUCCUGGGUGUCGGGAACUACUUACCGCCUCCGUCUAGUCAACGGUGCCGUCGACACACACUGGAAGUUCAUGGUGGACAACCACACCAUGACUGUCAUUGCAUCUGACUUUGUGCCCAUCCAGCCUUAUACAGCAGACUAUAUCAACAUUGGCAUGGGUCAACGCUACGAUGUUCUCAUCACUGCCGACCAGGCUGAUGUGGCUGACCAGUUCUGGAUGCGCGCCAUUCCCCAAUCGGCCUGCUCUGAUAAUGACAAUGCAGACAACAUUCUCGGUAUAGUGACCUAUGUUGACGAUACCACCACGGAGCCCACUACGACUGGUUAUGACUACGGCUCCGACACUUGCGAUGACGAGACCGACAACUUGGUCCCGUAUAUUUCCAAGACGGUGGGCGAUGUUGAGCUACAAGUCGCCGAGGACGCUUCCAUUGCGCUUGAUGGAACUCUCUUCAAGUGGACGCUCAACUCGACGUCGCUGCUGACGGACUGGGCCAACCCCACGCUGAUGCAAGUGCUGGACGGAACCGACGAGUUUGAGACUGACGACGCCGUCAUUCACCUCGAGACAGCCAACGAGUGGUUCUACCUCGUUAUUGAGACCUCUCUAGCUGUGACGCACCCUAUCCACUUGCACGGUCACGAUUUCUUCAUCCUGGCUCAGGGUACUGGAACGUACUCGACCGACGUGACGCUCAACCUGGACAACCCUCCUCGUCGUGAUGUCGCCAUGCUACCCGCCAGUGGUUAUCUGGUCAUGGCCUGGGAGACGGACAACCCCGGUGUCUGGCUGCUUCACUGCCACAUUGGCUGGCACACCAGUGAGGGCUUUGCUCUGCAAUUUGUAGAGCGGUUCGACGAGAUCGCUGACAUGAUGGACUCGACGUACGUGAGCGAUCAGUGUGAUGCCUGGUCCACGUUCCAAGACGAGAACAGCAUUGAGCAGAUUGAUUCUGGCAUUUAG